AUGUACGGAGUCAACUCGCUCCUGGCACUUGUGCUUGAGCUCUAUGCUCUGGACACAGGCACUCGUAGAAAGCAAGAUGGUUUUUGCCCAUUACCUGGUAAAGCAUCCAUCUCAUCAAGGCCUGUACCCCCAACUAGCACCUCACAAGUCGGCACCGUAGACCCCAACACAGACCACGCAAAACAAGACAUAGACGGGGCCCUCAGUACCGUGCAGCAGCUCUUCGAUUACGCCAGCACCCAAGCCUUCAAGCUCUUCUUCAGCUUCGACAUCUCCAUCACCGCCAACAUCACCCAGCAUCAGGCGCUGUUCCCGUACGACACGCCGGGCAUCUUCCGCGACUGGAAGGACUCGCUCGAUGGUGUUUUUACCUGGGCGACGACGUGGCUGGAUGCGUCGAACCAGCAUGUGAACGUGUCCUCGCUUUUGGACGAGGCUAUUAAGAAGGUGGCGGACGAUGCGGGCAAGUCGUAUAUGCUGGGGUAA